AAAAAAAAAAAAAGGAAGAAGUUAGCGAGUGAGUGAGUGAGUGAGUGAGAGCGCCGUGUAGGAGUGUAGGAACAUAGUCCACAUGCUGAAGCAUCGCGACGCGACGCCCUAGGAGCCCGACAUGACUUCUCCUAAGGGAACUGUUCAGUUUGAAGCCUCGCCUCGCGAUAAGACGGACUCAGAGGGCGAGGAGAGCAGAGCGAAGGACGCGGCGAGCAGCGCGGAGCAGAAGAGCAGAGCGAGCCGCCACCCCUUCAGCGUCGAGUCGCUCAUCUCCAAGAAGAGCACCUGCAGGAGCACCUAUUCUCCUCCUGCACCUUUCCCAGAGCAUCUGAGCCAGUACUCUCAGAGGACUUACUUCCCACAGAAAAGUCAGGCUGCAGCGGAAACUUUCCCGCAUGUGGCGGACUGCCUGAACGACGAGAGCGAAGACUCGAGUGACAAGGAACAGAGCACUUGGCUGAAGAGCCCGACUUUCUCAUCCCCGCAGAGAGCUGCAAGUCCUCCGUCGACGUGCCACCUGCGCAAGCACAAGACCAACCGCAAGCCGCGCACCCCGUUCACCACGGCGCAGCUGCUGGCGCUGGAGCGGAAGUUCCGUCAGAAGCAGUACCUGUCGAUCGCCGAGCGCGCCGAGUUCUCCAGCUCCCUGAGCCUGACCGAGACGCAGGUGAAGAUCUGGUUCCAGAACAGACGCGCCAAGGCCAAGCGGCUGCACGAAGCCGAGCUGGAGAAACUGAAGCUGGCUGCUAAACCCGCACUGCCCGCCGCCCUGGCCUUGCCCUUCUCUCUCGCCGCGCACGCGCCUCCGGCUGUGUACGGCGCCGCCGCGUCCGCGCUCCCGCGCCCGAGCCUCGCCGUGCCCGCGCUCUUCGGCUCGCCUUAUGGAAUGUAUUACUUAUCCUAAUAACAACCCAAACAAGAACUGCGCGCGCUCCAUCGCGCCUGUGCGUUUCCAACACUCUUCAUAAUGUGCAGUUGCAAUAACUUUUGACAAAACAAAUGACUCCAAUACCUCUUAUUGCUGCCUCCAGUGUUUUUUUGGAGCUAUGGAGAUGUUCUUCUUCUUCUUUUUUUUUUUUUAAUUUUGUUUUUAAAGCCAUCUCCUCGAUGACUGACUUGUAGCCUUAAAAAAAAACCAUAAGAAUGCCAGAUAUGUCUGACAAAAUGCAGUGAUAAGUGUAUGUGUGAUGUAUAUAUUCAUGCUCUUGUGGAGCAGGUUCGUCUGGAUUGAUUCAUACAUUGCGAUGUUUUAAAAGGAUUUAAAAAAAAAAGAAAAAAGAAAAAAAAAAGAAAUCUCUGGGGGUUUGUCCGUCAUGUGACGAGAAGUAC